AUGAGUCAAACAACCCUGAAACAGAAAAAGAAGAAUGAGGCCGGAAUGAGGAACUCAAAAGAGAGUCUAGACGGAGAAAAAAGAAAGGAAUCUGACAAAUCGGGAGUCCGUCUGAACACUCAGAUGAAGCGUGCAGUCAAUCCGAAUCACUCGCUGAGAUGUUGCCCCAUGCGGGGUCACUCGUCGUGUAGACGCUGCCUUUGUGCAGCUUUGGGAACAGCCCUUGGCCCCUGCUGCACAUUACAUAUUUAUAUUCACAUGUGCCUGUUGUGGGAGCAGGGCCGGCAGAUCACCAUGAUCAGGGUGAGCAGAGAUCACACUACUGAUUUUGGAGGGGAUUUCCAGGCAAUCUGGGGAUCACAAGAAUUGUUGCCAAAGACUGACUCUCAAGGGUACCUUGUGCGAAAUCAAUGGUCCCGAACAUCCCGAACCCCAUCCAUCAAGGCUGCAUCAGAAGAGCCAAGAAGCAAGAGCAAUAGUGUUAAGCUCCCCAACAGCUCCACGUCCUCCCGGACUUCAUCCACCUCCCCCAACCAGCAGGACUCGCCGCCGCCGACCGCGCCGCCCUCUGCACGGCAGUCCGCACCGAACCAGCAGUCCCUGCCGCCCGACUCACGGCCUCCCACGCCGCCGGAGCCCGAGCCCAGCCACCGGCGGCCCAGCACCAAGACGCAAGAGAAUCCGGAGUCCCGGACGCAGAGCAUCAUGCGGAGCUCGCAGCCGCGGGAAUAUACGCUCACGUCCCCCAUAGAGUGGAAGUCCUACUCCCAGCGCAGGAUGUUCUACCCCUCCUCCGUCCAGCUGGACCCCGACUGCAUGUCCCAGCAGCAGCAGCAGGAGGAGGAAGAGGAGGAAGAGAAGGACGACGAGGAAGCCUACUGGGAAUCCGUGAAGAAGUUCUACGAGAAGGUCCCGAGCUGCUCGCGUCCCCGGCCGCCCAAACCCAAGCACGCCAUCACCAUCGCGGUCUCGUCCCGCGCUCUCUUCAACAUGGUGGAUGCCCGGAAAGUCUACGAGGAAGAGGGUCUGGAGAAGUACAUGGAGUAUCAGCUCAACAACGAGAACGUCAUCCUGACCCCGGGGCCCGCAUUCCGCUUCGUCAAGGCACUGCAGCAUGUCAAUGCUAGACUCCGUGAGCUGUAUCCCAAUGAACAGGACUUAUUUGAUAUUGUACUGAUGACUAAUAACCAUGCCCAAGUGGGAGUGCGGCUUAUAAACAGCGUCAAUCACUAUGGCUUACUGAUUGACCGCUUCUGUCUGACUGGUGGGAAGAGCCCCAUUGGCUAUUUGAAAGCCUAUCUUACCAACUUGUAUCUUUCUGCGGACUCUGAAAAAGUACAAGAAGCAAUACAAGAAGGUAUCGCCUCUGCAACAAUGUUUGAUGGAGCCAAAGACAUGACUUACUGUGACACCCAGCUCCGUGUGGCUUUUGAUGGGGAUGCUGUCCUCUUCUCUGAUGAGUCUGACCAUAUCGCCACAAAGCAUGGGCUGGACAAAUUCUUUCAACACGAAUCACUAUUUGAGAAUAAGCCUCUUGCUCAGGGUCCCUUGAAAGGCUUUCUGGAAGAUUUAGGCAGACUGCAGAAGAAGUUUUAUGCCAAAAAUGAACGGUUACUUUGUCCUAUCAGGACCUACCUGGUAACAGCAAGGAGCGCAGCCAGUUCAGGUGCCCGUGUGCUGAAGACCCUUCGCCGCUGGGGUCUAGAGAUAGACGAAGCUCUUUUCCUUGCUGGAGCUCCCAAAGGUCCCAUCUUGGUGAAGAUCCGGCCCCACAUCUUCUUUGAUGACCACAUGUUCCACAUUCAAGGGGCACAGAAAUUAGGCACCGUUGCAGUUCAUGUACCCUUUGGCUAUGGUCAAAAAUUCAGUGCUUAGGGACAGGGAGGAGAAAUAAAGCAGUGACAGUCUGAUAUCACAGAAGCCACUUCUUUUGGCUCUCUAGGGUAAUUAGAUAGAUACUUCAGUAGACUGGACCUCAGAACUUAGCUCCUUUGAAAAGGUUUUCUCUUGAUUUUUUGGAAAACAUUUUGAACCCUCAAGUUACCUUUAAAGGACUUCUUUUUGAGCUGUCAAUGCUGUUGAAUGCCAUUGCACUUAUCUCUGUGUAAGUCAUAAUGAUGACUCUUUAGGAUGUUAGAACUUGAAUGUUUGCAUGCUUAAGGGGCUGUUUCAGAAGCUUACUUAGUUUCACAAAACAUUGCUCAUUUUCAGAUGAUUGUAGAUGGAAUGAAUUGUAACCAAUCAUCAUUCUGUAGUGGUGUUCAAAAGUGGAAUAAGUAUGAUUAAGUACACGCUUGAAAACUGAAGCCUUUAAUUCUGUUGCCUCUAUGACCAGCUUUUUGACCAAUGCAAAAUGAGAAUGCACUCCACCUGCAUAAGUAUACCAAUUUUGACAUUGCUUAUUUAGAAAUAAAUCAGCUGAUUGUU